CUGUGCCUGAGCUGAAACUCCUGUGUGGGGCAGACGUCCUGAAAACCUUCCAGACUCCCAGCCUCUGGGAAGACACACACAUCCAGGAGAUAGUGGAGAAGUUCGGCUUGGUGUGUGUGAGCAGGGCGGGUCAUGACCCAAAAGGGUACAUCUUGGAUUCUCCUAUCCUCCGAGAGUUCCAGCACAACAUUCACCUGGCCAGGGAGCCCGUGCAGAAUGAGAUCAGCAGCACAUACAUCAGGAGAGCCUUGGGCCAAGGGCAGAGCGUGAAGUACCUACUCCCCGAUGCUGUCAUCGCCUACAUCAAGGACCACAGCCUCUACACCAAGGGCAGUUCCUGGAAAGGCAAAGGAAAGGGAAGCUAGGGGGGGUUCUGGAGUGUGGGCUGACUUUUAUGGGAAGGGUUUUGUUUUGCUUUGGUUUUUGUGUUUCUAGUGUCAUUUGUCUUGUUUCUACAAUGAUUUUUGCCAGAAUGACUUCCUGCUCCUGGAAGAGGGUCCCCUUCUAGUCUCCUGUCACUAUGGCAAGGACAGGUAAUUUAAAUGGUCAUAGGAUUAGCAAAAUCUCUGGAGGCCACUGAUGAGGCCUCCUUAUUGUGUGUGAAUGGUAACUUCAGGCCACACACUGAAUGCUGUUCUGAAAAUGGCAGCCCCUGAAGAACAGCCCACAAUUGCCCACAUGCAUUUUUUAACUCAGACCAGGUGCAGCACACUGAUGUUGAUUGGCAGGAUUUGACAGGGUGCUAAUUACUAAACAGAGGGCCUUGUCAACCUCCUUGUUUCAAACAGAGUAAUACCAAGUUGAGUACUCAGAAAUCCAGAAACAGCCCUUUGCUGAUUUCCAGUG